GGACGAUUAUAACCUUUGACCUCUGACCUCACUGGAAAUCCACAUGGUCGCAGUAGAAGCUCCGGCAUGCCUGAGUCUGGAUCUGGAACGCAGCAAAACGGCGCGAUGAGUAAAGUUAAAUCGAAGAAAAGAAAUGUCGAGGAAGACGUGGAGGAACUCUUCACUACAGACACCGUUCACCUUGAUGACAGCGAUGAGGGGAAUGAUGAUCUCUCGGACAGUGAGGAGAGUGUCUUCUCCGGGCUUGAAGACUCUGGAAGUGAUGAUGAGAGUGAUGAUGAUGAUGAUGAUGAAGAGGCAGAUAUUAAUGAAAAUGGAAAGAGCACGAGUGAAGCAGGAAGCAUCGAGACGUCCACCAAGACUGCAGGAAAACCUCAGGCUGAUGUCGAAGCAGCCAAGCGCAGGACGCUGAAGAAGGAAAAGCGUACAGCUGAAAAGUCUGAUACGGAAGAAAUGAGUGUGAAACCAGACCGGGCCAGUGGCCUUGGUAUAUCUUCUCCGGUGGAUGAGUAUGAUCAGGACACUUCAGAUGAAGAGGACAUCCGCAACACGGUGGGCAACAUUCCAAUGGAAUGGUACAAAGAUUAUCCUCACAUCGGCUAUGACCUGGACGGCAAAAAAAUCUUCAAACCAAUCAGGAGCAAGGACGAGCUCGACGAAUUCCUGGACAAGAUGGAGAAUCCUGAUUACUGGCGCACUGUCCAUGACAAGAUGACUGGCACUGAUAUCCGUCUGUCUGAUGAGCAGGUGGAUCUGGUGCACCGCCUGCAGCAAGGCAAAUUUGGUGAUGUCAACUUCAACGAGUAUGAGCCUGCUAUCGACUUUUUCUCCCACGAAGUGAUGAUCCAUCCGGUGACCAACAGGCCCGAGGACAAACGCAGCUUCAUUCCCUCUCUCAUUGAGAAAGAGAAGGUAAGCAAGCUGGUUCAUGCUAUAAAGAUGGGCUGGAUUAAGCCACGCAGGCCCAAAGACACCGCACCUCAAUACUACGACCUGUGGGCACAAGAGGACCCCAAUGCCAUCCUGGGGCGCCACAAAAUGCAUGUCCCUGCUCCGAAGAUGAGACUGCCAGGUCACGAGGAGUCCUACAACCCGCCUCCAGAAUAUCUGCUCACAGAGGAAGAGAGACUGGCAUGGGAACAGCAGGACCCAGAGGACCGCAAGCUGAACUUCCUGCCGCAAAAGUUCCCCUGCCUCCGUGUUGUACCUGCGUUCUCACGCUUCAUCCACGAGCGCUUCGAGCGCUGCCUCGACCUCUACCUGUGUCCCCGCCAGCGCAAGAUGAGAGUGAACGUGAACCCAGAGGACCUGAUUCCCAAGCUGCCCAAACCUAAAGACCUGCAGCCCUUCCCUACCACCCAGUCCCUGGUGUACCGUGGUCACUCCAGUCUUGUUCGUUGCAUCAGUGUGUCUCCCGGUGGACAGUGGCUGGUAUCAGGCUCAGACGACUGCACGGUGCGCUUCUGGGAAGUGAGUACAGCGCGCUGCCUGAAGACGGUGGAGGUGAGCGGGGCUGUGAAGAGCGUGGCGUGGAGUCCCAACCCUGCUGCGUGUCUGGUCGCCGUCAGUUAUGGUGAGACUGUAGUGCUGAUGAACCCUGGGCUUGGAGAUCGGCUGAUCUGCAGCGCUACUGAUCAUCUCAUUUCCUCCUACGAGGAGUCUGAGGAGGCCAAGGAGCAGGCGGUGCAGUGGGCAGUCGCCGAGGGCAAAGGUCACGAUCAGGGCGAACGGCUCAUUCUCACACACCCCAAGGCUGUGAGACAGGUGAGUUGGCAUGGUAAAGGUGACUACCUGGCCUGUGUUAUGCCCGAUGAUGGCAGCAGUCUGCAGGUGCUGAUCCACCAGGUGAGCAAAAGGCGCACGCAGAACCCCUUCCGUAAGAACAAGGGCAUGGUACAGUGCGUCUCUUUCCAUCCCAUCCGGCCGUACUUCUUCGUGGCCACGCAGCGCUACGUGCGCAUCUACAACCUCAUCAAACAGGAGCUCACCAAGAAGCUCAUUGCCAACUGCAAGUGGAUCUCCAGCAUGGCCGUGCACCCAGGAGGUGACAAUGUGAUCUGUGGCAGCUACGACUGUCGGCUGGCCUGGUUUGACCUGGAUCUGUCUACGAAGCCGUAUAAAAUGCUCCGGCACCAUAAGAAGGCUCUGAGGAGCGUGGCCUACCACAAGCACUACCCUUUGUUUGCCUCCGGGUCGGAUGACGGCAGCGUUGUUGUGUGUCACGGGAUGGUGUACAAUGACCUGUUGCAGAAUCCCCUCAUUGUCCCAGUGAAAGUUCUGAAAGGUCAUACCAUCACACACGACUUAGGGGUGCUUGACGUGGCUUUCCAUCCUACCCAGCCCUGGGUGUUCUCCUCGGGGGCUGAUGGCACAGUCCGUCUCUUCACCUAGUCAUCAAGUUUUGUCUCUAGCUCCAGUGACUCAAACUGGAUUAAGAGUGAAUGUGAUUUUUAAUCUUCAUUUAGUACAUCUUGUUACUCUCAGAAAAUGUGUUCAGUAUGAUCCUUUUUUUUUUUUUUUUUUUUUUUUUUUUUUGCCAUGUCUGUCACAUUUUUUUAAUUAAAAACAAAAGAAAGAAGAAAAUCUGAAGCCUGUUUCAGAGAGCUUUUGAGAUUGCUUCACUGCGUUAAGCAGAAAGGUGUCUGAUUUCUACAACCUGACACCGCGAGUGGUCCGGAAGUCCUUCUCCCACACUGGGGCCGAGCAGCUCUCACACGCCGAGUCUCAACGACUCGACCGCUAAUCCUUGGACAAGGAGACGACUCGUGAAGAAAAAAAAAUAUAUGUUCGAUUGUUAGUCGUGCCAAAACAAAGAGCUCCAGGAGUCGAGCUUGUUUUACAUCCUGAUUUCUGAACUGCUGUUUUAGUUAUGUGCCAGUAUUCGUGAUCAGGCACGCUACACCGAGUCAUUAAACAUGUUGACCGAGCGCAUUUCUGAGAAGCGCUAUUUUUAAUUAAACCCGGUGUUCCUCGAAGGACCUUUCUGGCA